AUGCGCGGGGAUUUGUUAUCGUCAGCGUGUCUGUUCCUCGCAACAGCAUUACCAGUGCACGCCGCUUUCUCCGAAUUCUUCUUUGCGGGUAACAAUGGAACAGGUGCGCUGAAGACAUGCCCCGAAUCCGGAUUUGAAUGUGCUCCGCCAUCCGUCUGUUCGUUUGACGAUCGAACUCAGAAGUACUAUUGCUGCAUACCAGGAAACACAGAUGCCGUGUGCUGGGGGCCCAAUUCAGGCUGUGAUGGAGGAGACAGUACUACACCCUCGGGUAGCCAACAAGCCUGUUCGUCAGGAGUCAAUACCUUUUGCUGUCUGAAGUCCAGUGAGACCUGCACGGAAACAGCAGAUCAAAUCAACAUUUGCUGGAGCCAACUUGAUAACCCGCUUGCUUCUCUCAACGCGACCGCCGUCAAUGAAACAGCGCAAUCUCUCGAGUCGAAUCGUCCCUCUGCUGCUACGUACGCAGUCAGCUUAUCUGCCUUACAAACACUCACAUCAACCACCGCUGCUGCAUCAUCAACAACCCCGAGCGCAUCAGGGCAACAGCCCAUCGCUACUACCACGCCGUCUGUAGUGCCACAAACAACGGUCGAACUAUCCGAAGCGGCUACCAAUAAAAGCAAAGCGUCGGGUCUCUCAGGUGGUGCGAUAGGCGGCGUGGUCGGUGGAGUAGUCGGUGGAGUAGUCGGUGGGUUAGCUCUACUCGGCCUGGUUGGAUUCUUCUUCUGGCGUAGAAAGAAGAAUGGCAAACACAAUCCGUAUGCGCCGGCCAAAACAUACAACACUUCUACACACCCGGUGGGUCAUCCAAGCGAGAUGGACUCGAACCAGAUCUACACGCAUUUGCCAGCAACUGAAAAAUACGGACACGCAAUUGGUCCUGCAUCGGAAGUGCCUGGGGAUCGGGCCCCAGCAGAGCUACCAGACACUUCGACGCACAACAGGUAG